AUGGAAUUUCAACAUCCACUAUGUUUUCACUCGUUUUGCAGCUUAGAGUUAUGGUACAAUGCUGUUUUAGUCUUACUGGCAGGCUAUAUGACAAAUGCAGAGGUUGCUAUAUCUGCUUUCUCUAUUUGCCUCAAUAUCAGCGGAUGGGAAUUUAUGAUAAGCCUUGGCUUCCAAGGUGCUGCAUGUGUUGCAAAUGAAUUAGGGAAGGGGAAUGCUAAAGCUACAAAAUUGUCAAUCAAAGUUUCGUUGAGUACUUCAGUCAUAAUAGGCCUAUUCUUCUCGAUUGCAUGCUUAGUCUUUGGUAAUAAAAUUGGAUACUUGUUUACAACCGAUAAGGAAGUGGCAGAGACUGUAUCAGACCUUUCCCUCCUCCUUGCUUUCUCAAUGUUACUCAAUAGUGUUUAUCCAGUACUCUCAGGGGUGGCAAUAGGGUCGGGUCUGCAAAAUACGGUUGCAAUUGUCAAUCUUUGUUGCUUUUUUUUGAUUGGAAUUCCUAUUGGAGCUUUGCUCGGAUACAUGACUAAUCUUCAAGGCAUAUGGAUUGGGAUGAACUGUGGUGGUAGCCCAGUCGCUUGCUCUUUGGCUUCUGACAUGGAGAACUAA